AUGCAGACCCAUGGAGGAUGGCUUUGGAUUGUGCUGCUAUUUCCCCUGACAGGUGAGUUCCGAAGUCAGAAACUUCACAGGAUUGUAGGACAUGUGCUUUCCAAAAGGCGACCAGCCCAAUUCUUUUAUCCGGCUGAGCUCUGUCUCUACACUCAGCUGCAGAACAGGAAGAGACAGGGACAGUCGUGGUGGUUUAAGAACAUCUGACCGGCAGGAGGACUUCUAGCAUGGAUCAGCACUUUGGGGUCUUAUACCACUUCCCCCAAAGAAUCCUGGGAAAUACACUGCGCAGUGGUUCAACACCCACACAUCAGAGGGGAAGUGGAGGUAGCUGUGGAGGGAAGUGGAGGCAAUGGAGGAUCUUUGGGUUCACUGACUCUCAAAGGGAGGGAGCUGUCCAAUCAGAAGGUCCAGAAAACGCAGUCAUGGGACAGGCGGGCGGUGUGAUGACCUGUUCACUGAGCGUGCAUCCUGAUUUGCUUUCAACGAAGGAUAGAAAAGGCCUGCUUUCUCAUGAGCACUCAUUCUGGGGUUGGUGGGGAGGUUAUGUAUCUGAGCAUCCUUCCUGACUUGCAUACACAGAGAUUAUAUGUCCUAUUAUUUACUUACAAUGUUUAUAUGGUGCUUUUCAGGCAGACCUCACAAAGUGGUUUACCUAAGAUUGUUACAACUACAAGCACAGAUUUUUUUAUUAUUAUUCUUUUAAGUUGCAGCAGAAUGGAAGUGACAACUCCCACUUAUGGGAGCUGGAUGGCAACACUUCUGGUUAAAGUUGCUUUGGGUUCCCACAAAAGCGGAUUUGUUGCAACAGAGUACUUUAGUCCACUUUAGUUGUGCAAACCUAACUUGGAUUCCCAGAGCAAGUAGCCCUCUGAGAGUGUGCAAAGUGCUUUGUGGGUAGCUGUUCAUGUGGGAGUGGUUGAUUAAACACCAAAAUCACUUUGAGCAGGAGGGGGUAAUUCCUCCAAAAUUUCCCAGCUGGAAUCUGCUUGCAAAUUUAAUUGUUUGUCUUUUAAAGAUUUGCACCUUAAAAAUGAAAUAAGGUGUAAAAAGCACUCAGCUUCACAACCUGAUAUUUCAAAUAUUGCACAUUUUCUCACCUUUCCUUUAAAAUGCCAUGUGGUGUGUCUAAUUUUGAUUUGAUUGUCCAUUGCUCAGGCCAGAGAUUCCUCUGGAAACCCUGUUUGUUUGUUUGGAUAAGAUACAAGGACUUAUUGGAAAAUAAAACCCCAAGGUGGCUGUCACCGAUGGAAGCGAAAGCUUUGAAAAAGCUCAAUAUGGAGGCCAAAUGGCCGAAAUAUUGGGAAAUUUUGGAACAAGAUGGAGAUAGACUGAAAUUGCAGAGUUUUGAGAAAUUUAAAAACAAAGUGCGAGACUGGCUUCAUUAUUAUCAGAUAAUGGAGGCAUAUAAUUUGGACAAGAAAAUUGGUUUCCAGGUGGAAAAAUCAAAAUUAGAAACAGAACUGUUAGAACCCAAAACUAAGAUUUUGUCAAAGAUGUAUAACUUGCUGUUGAAAUGGAAUACUCAGGAUGAAACGGUGAAAUCUGCUAUGAUUAAAUGGGCACAAGAUGUUGGACAUAACAUAAUGAUGGCUGACUGGGAACAGUUAUGUACCACAGGUAUGAAGUUUAUGGCAUGCAAUGCCUUAAGAGAGAAUAAUAUGAAAAUGAUAUACAGGUGGUACAUGACCCCAGUCAAGCUUGCAAAAAUUUAUCAUUUGCCCGAUAAUAAAUGUUGGAAAUGUAAAGAAACUGAAGGUACAUUCUUUCACCUUUGGUGGACGUGCCCAAGGAUUAAGGCUUUCUGGGAGAUGAUAUAUAAUGAAUUGAAAAAGGUAUUUAAAUAUACCUUCCUGAAGAAACCAGAGGCCUUUCUCCUAGGCAUAGUCGGCCAAUUGGUGCCAAAGAAGGACAGAACUUUUUUUAUGUAUGCCACAACAGCAGCAAGAAUACUCAUUGCAAAGUAUUGGAAGACACAAGAUCUACCCACUAUGGAAGAAUGGCAGAUGAAGGACUUUAUGGAAUUGGCGGAAAUGACUGGCAGAAUCCGAGACCAGGGAGAAGAGUCGGUGGAAGAAGAUUGGAAGAAAUUUAAAGACUAUCUACAGAAAUAUUGUAAAAUUAAUGAAUGUUAGAAUGAUGUUGGAUAGAAAUUAAGUGGUUUUCAGCUGUAAUACUAUAAGGGAAUAUGAAAAAUGGAUUAUUAAUAGGUAAAAAUUUAAUGUUACAAUAUUUUAAGAUUAAAGACUAGGAUAAACAAAGAGGGUAAGGAUUUGCUGAACCAACAAACUGAAUUGGAAUACAAAAAAGGGAGGCGUGAGGAGGUCCGGGAAACAAGCUAAUGAAAAAUAAGUAAUGGAAAGAUUGAGUUGUUUUUAACUAUUUUUAUUUUGUACUUUUUUCUUUUUUUAUUUUUAUUUUGUAAUAUUUUGAAAAUCUCAAUAAAUAUCUUAUAAAAAAAAAAGGAAACCCUGUUUGUUUGUUUGUUUGUUUGUUUGUUUAAAUUCCAUUUCAGCCAUAAGCUACAAUUUAAGAAAGGAGGGGGUAAAAUAGGGUUACAUUUAAUGCACAUUUAACAAUGCACAUCUAAAGCACAUGACUUCCACCAAACAAUUAUGGGAACUGUAGUUUCUCUUCUCACAGAACUAUAAUUCCCGGCAAUCUACAGUUCCCAACGUUCUUUGGUGGACGCCAUGUGCUUUAAACACUGGUCGUGCUUUAAAUGUAAGGUGUAGCUCUUCCCGAAGACUUAAGAUGGCGGUUUUUCAACAUGCCCUCUUAUCAGCCUCUUCCAUAUGCCUGGAACGAGGCAGCAAACAAUCCCAACAAGAAACGUUUGUGGUUUUGUGGGACUGCUGUUUUGUAAUGGCAACAAGCUGCAAGAAGCCCAGGCAUGCAGGCUGGAGGAGAUCUGUGCAAGAAUAAAGGAAGCAACCCAAAGCCCCAUUGCUCCUCUGUCGCUGGUUCAUGACAUGCAGAUGGAGCCAAACGGGAGCUGCCUUCAAAUUUCGAGUUUUCCAGUAUGACCCCCUUCCCCACACACUUAACAAGCACUUGCUAGAAAUUUGCAAGUGGGGAGAAGAAAGUGGUCUUGUGCUCAGAUCCUGCUUGCAGACCUCCCAGUAGAGGCAUUUGGAAGGCCAUUGUGAGAACAGGAUGCCGGACUAGAUGCGUCUGAUCCAGCCAUCUUCUAACACCCUUAUACGGCUCACAAACUUGCAAACAUAUCUUCAUUCAAACCCUAAUGUGUAGAAAUCUGCUGGUUUUUCCUUUUUUCAAAUCCGAACUUCUCAAGAACUUUUCAAGAGCAAUGGGGUCAAUGGACCGCUGACGCUGUAGUAUUAGUGCUGAGGACAAUGUCCUGCUUUUAGGUCUCUGUGUGUGCAUUUGUUCCAGGGAAAUUUCAAACAAAUUUCAAACAAAGAAGCUUUAGAAAGCUGCAUGCUCUCCAUGCAGCCCUCUUAGGAGUACUGAGUUAUCUCUGCUUUGCAUAUGGAGAAGAGGCGAGGCUUUGCAAAGAACAAGAGUUGCCCUCCAAGUACGGAAAUGUGGGCCCCCGAGUGGCCUCAGGAUCCCAGGGGUGCUGCUCAAAGCAGGAACAUUAAAGAGAAGUUAAUGAGCCAGCUGGCAAAGCUGCCAGCUUUCGCUCUGCAAAUCCCCGCCAAUCCCACCUCCUUGCAUUAAGAUAGUUUUAAUUGAGGUGAGAAUAUUCACACAGCUAAUGUUCCAGGGGCUCCCCAGUACUCAUUGUUUUCAGAAAUAGCUGACUUGCGUUCUUGCAACAAAAGAGUAUUGGGUACCAAAGAGAUCCUGCCCACUUGGAUACCCAGGAGAAGGAUCUUGCCAUCCCACUUUUGCAGGGACUGUUGCUUUAGGAAAAUGGUCACUUCACCCCCUUGAAUUGUACAAGGAUGGGCAGCCAGAGGGGGAUGGCAUUCCUUGCCUGAAAAAGAGGGGGACCGGUGCACUAACUCUAGGGGAUCAAAGACACCUUGGCCCCCUCAACAUUUGUUUUAAGGGGGGCCCCAAUCUUGAGGCAGCCCUCAACACACGUUGAGUGUUGCAGCUCCAGUGUCCAGCUCCUCCAGAAUCACAGGCGCUAAGCACACAUGCAAUGUACAUGAGGUAACGCGUGCACGAUGUGUGAUGUGAGUGGCGUCUCAUGCACACAACAUGCGCCCGGCCCCCUCAAUCUUGGGGGCAAACUGGCAUCUCUGGAGGGGGAGGCAGUCCCCUUGUUAGAUCCCUACUCAGCCCAUGCAGCUGGCCAAACUGCCAACCAGCUCCCUCAUUCUGGGAUAGCUGAAGUGGAUAGUAUCAUCCCUCCAUGUGGUGAGGAGAAUUUUUGCUGCACAUCCAGUAUGGUCAAUCCUUAGAGAACCUUUUGAUCAUCUUCCUUGAGGACUCUAAUUAAUUUAUUACCAAACAGGCAGUAACAUAUCUGAACGUUGUCACAGCUCUCAGAUCUGCUAUGACUAUUAGUUUCUAGCUUGUCAUGUUUAAUAAUUAAUAUUUGGUUCUCCCAAGGUUGUGUUACUUUAUAUUUUGUACUUCGUUUAAUGAUCGGCCGGCAAUUUGGUUGGUGGAUUGACUGGUUUCUACCACUGGUAUAAACUCGGAUGGAAACUCUCCCAUAUUCUCAGCUUGCAAAACAUGGCUGAAGUUUAACAUAUGGGGCGCUGCCCAAAUGCAUCUUGGGAAUGCUGUGUGUUGUUAUGGACCCAGUUAUAAGAAUUCUAAGAUCUCAAACAUGGAAUAAAUGUUCAUAAACCACAUGUCUGAAAUAGUACAGGAGAGCAAUCCUGAAGCCUUUUUGACUCUCCCAAAUUGACCUCAAAUAUUUCUCUGCAAGGAGGAAGGAAAUGGGAAAAGCUUUCCAAUUAACUUUGGACUGUCGGAGCUCACACUCCUACAUUGGCUCCCAGUACGUUUCCAAGCACGAUUCAAAGUGUUGGUGCUGACCCUGAAUGCCUUUGGCCCAGUAUACCUGAAGGAGUGUCUCCACCCCCAUUGUUCAGCCCAGACACUGAGGUCCAGCUCCGAGGGCCUUCUGGCAGUUCCUUCACUGCGAGAUGUGAGGUUACAGGGAACCAGGCAAAGGGCCUUCUCAGUAGUGGCGCCCGCUCUGUGAAACGCCCUCCCAUCAGAUGUCAAGAAAAUAAACAACUACCUGACUUUUAGGGAACUGUUUAGGGAAGUUUUCAAUGACUGAUGUUUUAAUGUAUUUUUGAUAUUUUAUUGGAAGCCACCCAGAGUGGCUGGGAAAACCCAGCCAGAUGGGCAGGGAUAUGAAUAAUUUAUAUUAUUAUUAUUAUUAUUAUUAUUAUUAAAUCUGUUUCUAGUUUAUUGCUGGUUUUUCUGUGUUUAUUGUUGUUUUGGACAGUUUUUUCUGAUAAUUUUAUUUGUUUUAUUAUUGUUGUAAACCACUCUGAGAGUUUUGGGUCUGUUUGCAAUCAAGCAAUGUUCUAUUUUUAUGAAACAAACAAACAAACAAACAUUCUGCUUCAUCAGAAGGCAUAUUUGAGACAUCACCGUCGUUAACAUUCCUUCCUUUCUUAAUCUAGCUCAUCAAGCAGAGGAAUCAGAACAUCCCUCCAAAGAUGGCCAAACAAAACAUCUCCAAGCUGAGUUUGUCAAUGCGACACAGCAACAAAACGAGUCCUUCACGUUGUGGCCAACGUAUAAUAGAACAGACCCCUCCAAUGGAGUCUUGGGUAUCAUCACGACGCUGCCUGACCCCACUGUAAAGAGCGAAACAGAAUAUCAAGGCAGUAAGUGCCAGAUGUGAUUAUGUGUGUGUUGGAGACCCCCGAUUCCCCUCCAAGAGCUACAAUUCGCAGUGUGGUUUCACAGUCAAUCCCUCUUCACAGGGAACUUGGGGGAACUGUCACUCCAUGAGGUUUAUAGGGGCCUCCUAACAACUCUCAGUGCCCUUAACAACAGUUGCCAUAAUUAUUUGGGGGAAGCUCUGACUGUUUAUAGAGUGGCACCAUAGCAGUUCGAAAGCACAUCAAAGUACAAGUAGAUAAAUAGGUACCACUCCGGCGGGAAGGUAAACGGCGUUUCCGUGCGCUGCUCUGGUUCGCCAGAAGCAGCUUAGUCAUGCUGGCCACAUGACCCGGGAGCUGUACGCCGGCUCCCCCGGCCAAUAAAGCGACAUGAGCGCCGCAACCCCAGAGUCGUUCGUGACUAGACCUAACAGUCAGGGGUCCCUUUACCUUUACCAUUGUGUUUUAAAUGUAUGAUGUGAAUGUGGCCUAUAAGUUGAUGAGCACAAAGCUAAUAAUCUAUCUCAUCCUACAGGAGAGUCUUAUCAGUCACUAAAUAUUAGGUAUGAUAGCUAAACAGAACCUCCAUUUUCGGAGGCAGUCUAUCCCUGCCUACCAGGUGCUGAGGGCAUAAUAACAAUAUUUUAUUAUUUAUACCCUGCACAUCAUAUCAGUUUUACCACAAUGCCCCAAGCAAACAUUGUGCAUGGGCUGUUUAGAGGAUUUCAUGAAGUCUCUUGUCUGCCCACUGUCCUAUGUUGACAUUUGGUCUGCUCCAGCAUAUCAGUUUUACCACAAUGCCCCAAGUAUGAAAUGGAUUCGUUAUUCAAAAACAUUUUGUCCAGCACAUAAAGUGACUGAAUCUCCUAAUUUUCGCUCCCGAAGGAAGGCUGCUGAAGCCAGCCAUCACCAUCCACUCAGUGAAUGGGACCUGCAAUGUCACCUUGAACUGUGUGGUAACUGGAGGGGAAGGAGAGGACGUGACUUACGCCUGGUCGACUUCUGAAAUGGGGACGGUUCUCUCUGAGGAGCCAUCUCUACACAUCACUCAGAAGCCCCCAGAUCAAACCUGGGAUUACACCUGCACUGUGCGCAACAAGCAGAGUCAAAACUUCAGCACUGUUUCCCUGAGAGAUCACUGCCAUGGUGAGGCAAGCUGCCAUAUUGAAUUUCCACAAGGGAGAAGCACAGAAGCCCACAUCAACACUGCCUUGUAAAACGGGGUGGGGUGGGGUGGCAGUCUGUUCCAAAGAGACUUAAAAUGUGAGUGUUAGUGGUUAUAUCUUGCCUGGCUACAGGGAAUGCCACUCUUCUCUGCAUCUCUUACUAUUGGCUUAGUGGGCAUGAUGUCAUGGAAUGUUCACACCUGAGUGACAUCAGGCACCUCAAAACCCACUUGUCCCAAAACACAAACCCAUAUUUUGUUUCUGGGUAGCAGGGUGGUAUUUUAAAAAUCCUAAAAUUAUCCUAGACAAGCUCAGGCUACCAGAAAGUAUAGAGACUGCUUUCGCACUGCUUCUUUUUCAGCUCAAAAUGGCCCUUCCCAAUGUGGAGGCGACAAUUCUGGGUUUCUGUAGCUUCCUCAUGUAUUUCAUCUACGGAUGAAAAAGUGGAUUGGGGAGGCAAUUCUGACCUGGGAAAUGACCAGCGGGGACGAGGUUAAGCAGUCUCUUCCUUCCAUCCAUCCAUCCAUCCACCCACCCAGCCUUCCUCCGCUGGGAAGGGUUUCUUCUGCCUCCCGAUAAAUGUGCAACCAGAAUUUGCCAUUACAGUGGAGCCUUGGUUUUCGAACGUCUCCGUCAACAAACCAUUUGGAACCCAAAUACCAUAAACCCAGAAGUAAAUGCUUCCAUUUUCGAAUGCGCCUCGGAAGUCAAACUUCCAAGGUGGCUUCUGUUUUGAGUUUCUUUAUUGUAUUGAGGCUUCCGUAUUGAGUUUUCAGUUUUCGAAUGCUUCAGAAGUUGAACAGUCUUCCAGAACGGAUUACGUUCGAAAACCGAGGUUCCACUGUAUACGAUUCCCAUCUCAAAACAGUGACAGUCUGGAAGUGCCCUGAGACCCCGAUUGCUCAGGACUGCUUCGGCUUUAAAGAAAAGUCUAAAAGGAAAUAAUACAGUGGUACCUCGGGUUACAUACGCUUCAGGUUACAGACUCCGCUAACCCAGAAAUAGUACCUCGGGUUAAGAACUUUACUUCAGGAUGAGAACAGAAAUCGUGUGGUGGCAGCGUGGCAGCAGCAGGAGGCCCCAUUAGCUAAAGUGGUGCUUCAGGUUGAGAACAGCUUCAGGUUAAGAACGGACCUCCAGAACGAAUUAAGUACUUAACCCGAGGUACCACUGCAAUGGAAUCCCAUGAAAUGCAUCAUUUGAGCCACAGCCUACGAGCAAAGGAAGUGGGAGAGUUCAGAGUCCAAAAGAAACCAGCUUAGCAGCAAUAACUGGUGGACCAUUAUUGGUACAACAGCCGUGCAUUUAAAUGAGCCAUGCACAGGAGAAAUUCCUUGGUACUUGUGGUCUCCCACUGCUUAAACCCUCCUUAAAGAGCUUGAGUGGUUUGUGGCCAGGAUACCUUAGGGAUACCUUCACCAACCUGGUGCCUGCUGGCCAUUUUAGACCACAGCUCCCAUCAGCCCCAGCCAGCAUGGCGAUAUGGACAUUCUGGUGGUGGCUGAUGGGCAUUGCAGUGUCCAUCAGGAGAUAUUUACAACACCCAGCAAAUUUUGGUUGCCAUAUGUAAUCUGAAAUUCACUCUUAUUCACUCUGUUACUCCAGAUCCUUCAACUCUCAAUCAAGGAGCAUCAACAUUCUUGUACGCUAAGUACUUAAUUCCACUUUUGCUCGUUCUGGUCCUAUUGCUGAUCCUGUUCCUCAUGUACAGAAGGAAGAGAGGAAGAGGUGAGACUUGGUGCUUCAUUUGCUUAGCAAAGAAACUUCAUGGCUUCCUGUCAAUUUGUUUGUUAAGGGCCCUGAGAGUCGUUAGGUAAAAGGUAAAGGUAAAGGGACCCCUGACCAUUAGGUCCAGUCGUGGCCGAUUCUGGGGUUGCGGCACUCAUCUUGCUUUAUUGGCCGAGGGAGCCGGCGUACAGCUUCCGGGUCAUGUGGCCAGCAUGACUAAGCCGCUUCUGGCGAACCAGAGCAGCGCACGGAAAUGCUGAGUCAUUAGGAGGCCUCUUAUUUUCUUCCCAGAUCUGCAAUUCUCAGAGUUCCCUGAGAAGAGGGAUUGGUUGUUAAACCACUCUGGGAAUUGUAGCUCCACAAGGGGACAUGGGGCAGUAGCGGACCUGGGGGGCAGGUCUGAAAUUUCAGCGCACACCCUGUUCAACAUAACAAUUUGGUGCCCCCCUCCGCCUCUCAUCUUCCAUUCUAGCUCAUAGCCGUGGAGCCCCCUGUGGUGCACCAAAGGCUCUGCCCUAAGUCCGCCUCUUCUAGGGGUCUCUUAACAACUCUCAUUGCCCUUAGCAAACUACAGCUCCCAGAAUUCUUGGUGUGAUUGUGGCCAAAAUGGCCAUCCUUAGGAAGGGUGGAGGUGGAAGGAGAGCCUUUGAGUUACAGAGCCCCCUGGUGGGUGGACAUGAGCGUGUGCUACAACUCUGCUUCCUCGACGCUACAACUUCCAUUAGUCCCAACUAGCACAAGAACCACACUGGGUGAAGCCAACAGUUGCCAGCAAAAAUAUCUGGCGGGCAUCAGGUUGACAGAUAUGCUGUGCUGUGCCACCUGGUGUCAGAGAGUUCAUCCUUCAUUGCAAAUUCACAAUGCCUUGGUGUGAUCACUCAAGGAAUAUUCUGCCCACCGCGCUAUGAAACUUUCUGGCAGGUGAAUAACUAAAUUGAUUCUCUUAAAUUAUUCAAGGAUUUAAAAAUAGAUAGAGUAUUUUUAGAUCUUGCACUUCAUCUUCCCUGUGCAGAAAAUACUGCUGUGCACACACACAAGAUUUAUUCUCAGUAUUACUAAAUGAAUAUACUCUCUCUCUCUCUCUCUCUCUCUCUCUCUCUCUCUCCAUAGGAAGCCAUAGCAGGACAGUAUCUAUCAUUGAAUCAUCAGGUACAAAAACAUCCAUGCAGAGCUUUUUUAACAAGUCCAGUAGAGCCAUGUUUUAUUACAUUGCUAAGCCUCUACAGAGCACCUUGAAAUUCGUUCUGCCUACAUUACCUCAACAACCUUGACAACAGCCUCCAAAGGCAGCCAGUAUUUGUAUCCCUUCACUGGAGAUGGGAGAUGCUCAGAGCUGAGGGCUGACUGCAUAUCAGGUGUGUGGAAGCUUUGGGCUUUCAAGUGCCACUGAACUACAGCUCCCAUCAUCCCAUGCCCUUGGCCAUACUUGCUGGGGCUGAUGGGAGUUGUAGUUCAGUGACACCUGGAAGGCCAAAACUUACCCACAGCUGUUGUAGAUAAUUGUCAAUCUUUAAAUUUUGAUUUGCAGAUUCCGACUUUCCUACUGCAGAGGAGGCCACGCAGCUGAAUCCUGAGGUAAUUUGGCUUGAUAUUACCCCCUGGCAAGGAGGGACCCAACCACUGCUUCUUUUCAAAAUAUGGUAGGAAGGCAUCCUAGCACUUUGUGAAAAAGAGCCAUGUAGAAAAGGAGUAACAACACGAGGGGUGUUUGUUCAUUUUCAAAACCCUUCUGUUCCAGUUUUCAAGCAAGACUGCCUCAAGAAGUGGUUCAAAUCAAUAAUGAUAUAUUUACGGACCAUUUGUGUUCCAACAUAGCCACAAGUGCCUCCCAUGUUUCUAUGAAGGGGAAUUUUAUCGUUUCUGCUUUUGCAUUCCUUUGUUCUCCUCCCCCCCACAGGCCUUCAAGCCAGUUUCCGAGGAACCUCUGGAAAUGGUGCAAGUACCAACUAUAAAUGAUAACGAAGAGGCUUCAAGCGCACAGGGCCACCAGCCAGAUGUUCAGGCAAAAUGUGGACUUCCCUAACCCAGGAGGCCCAUCCAAGUUCCUUUUAUACAGGGCAGCUGAAAAGCUCUUCUUUCCAACACAUUUUACCAACAUAUGGGAGCCUUGAAGCAGUUGCUUCAGUUCAUACUAUUGAUUUUAAUUAUGGCAUGUGUUUAGCUUAAAGUAGGAUUGGAGCCCCGCAUGAGAUCACACACACACACGAUUGAGGGGUGAAUCCAUGAGUGCAAGAGGAAGCAUUUAUUGAAUUUUUGAAUGAUCUUUUUUUUAAAAAGCCAGAUAUUUAUAAACUAGCCAAUGUGCCCACAUUUUUCAACAAGUGCUCUUUCUUCAGGGACAAAAACACUAAUUUAUUUCCCCCAGCUACUGAAUAUUCUUCUUCAUUCUAGCACACCUUCUCCACUUCUUCCUGAGGAGACGCAGCCCUGCUUUUGCCUUGGCUCAGAAAAGGUUGGCUUGUGGGAAUUGUCAUUGGUCUCGAUGAUUGUACUCUCUUACCUGGCAGUUAGGUCUGCAGACAGCCGGUGUUUCUUUUUUAUUGUUGCAUUUUUAUUAUACACGAACACAAACUAAACAAAUGCAAGUGUAACAACAUCACUGGGGUGGCAAUAUUAAAAUAAAAAUUUAAAUACAGUGGAACCUUGGUUCUCGAAUGGCUUAGUUAACGAACAAAUUGGCUCCCGAACUCCAAAAACCCAGAAGUGUUCCAGUUUUUGAACGUUUUUCAGAAGCUGAACGUCUAGUGUGGCUGUUGGCUAUUGUUUCCGGGGCACCUGCGCCAACUGAAGCCGCAACUUGGUUUUUGAACAUUUCGGGAGUCGAAUGGACUUCUGAACCGGAUUAAGUUCAAGAACCAAGGUACCACUGUAUUAAAUUUAUUAAAUCCUGCUUUGCAGAGAUAGAUGAUUCUCAGGGUCCCUUCCAACUCUGAUUCUAUGAUAUACUUUGGUAAUAAGAAUUAGGGAUGGGACGGUGCCCCUCUGUACAGUACAUGUAUGUUUAGUGAUAUUUUUCUUAUUGUGUUGAUAUUUGCAAAAACUUGUCCUUUUGAGUUGCAUAUGGAAGAGAGAAAGGGGACAAACUAAACAUCUCCCUCUACCACUUCUACCCAACCUAAGUGCAUAGGUCGGACCUAAACGAUAAUAGUAAAGUUUGUAUAAGAGUGUCCAAACAUUGAUGUCAAUAUAAAGAUUUUUUCCCCCCUGUGCAACUGACAUGUACAUAAAUGCAUAUAUAUGAGCUUGACAUUCCACAUGGUCACUAUGAGCUGCAGGUAAGUGGGGUUCAGAUAAUCCAUAAAUCCCAUAAACACCUUAAAACUAUUUGUGAGGAAUCUGCAGCCAGCCCCAACUCCCACUGCACCUGGUAGCCAGCCCCCCACCGGACACAUUUGGCACACUUGAGAAGGGGUUCUAUAUGCAUAUAGAUAUACAUGUGGGUUUUCAAAAUCCAUCCUCAUGUAGGUGCAGUCCUAGAAACAACCCCCAAGCCAGCCUUCAGGGCACAGUAUGCCUCUGAAUCCCAAUUGCUGGAAACCACAGGAGUGUUCUUGUGCUCAGGUCCUGCUUGCAAAGCUUCCCAGAGGCACGUGGCUGGCCCCUGGGAGAACAGGCUGCAGGCCUAGAUGGGCCAUUGACCAGAUCCAGCAAGGCUCCUCUUAAGGUUCUUCAAAUAUUUAGCCAACAGAAUAGACGCCCUCUUGGAUUUAAAAAUAAUCUGUAUGGGACAUGCUCUUGCAGAGCAAGCAAACCAGUGAGUUCAGUAACAUGGCAUUCAAGGCUGCUCGGAGAUCCUUGCAAUUGCAAUCCAGCUAUUAUAAGCACAGUCACUGGAGGGUGUAAAGAUGUGUAGAAGCAGGAAUUAAUUGAAUCUCCAUUGUUUCGCGUGAUAAGCAAUAGAUAAAAAGACUACUUUGACAACAGCCUUUUAAGGCUGAUCCUAAAUUCCUCUAGGGAUAUCUUUUUCCCAGCUUCAGUAAAUCUGCCAGCAUGGAUGAGAGCUCUUUUCUUUUUCAACUCCUCCCCUCGUGCUUUUGGGUUUUGUAUUAUAAACCCUUUAUUGCUGAUAUUAUCACCAAAAUUACAGUUUAUUUAGCUGAAAAUUAAUUCCUUUCUGCGGGGCAAAACACCCCCGUUAAGUAUUAGGCAAAAACCCCACAAUUGAGCACUCAUCUUUCAGAGCACAGGGCAGAGUAGCACUGGCUUGCACGCUACUAGUAUGCAGUGCACAACACCCUCAAUUGCCACAUUUUCAGUACGCAGCCUUCAUCAGCCCUCCAAGAUGUUUUAGACUCCCAGCUCCCAGAACUCCCUGGCAUGAUGGCCAGUUUGUACUAACUGCUGGGGCAGACGGGAGUUGCGAGUCCAGACUAUCUGCAGGACUCCAGGUCGGCAAAAGUUGAUGUACCCAUGUGCUUGGCUUCCAACUGCUGGAAGAAAAGACAGGCAAAUGCCAACACUUAGGGACCAGUUUUACCCAGAUUACCUUAACAUAUGCACACUUGACUGCUUUAAUCUGUGGAACGGGAACUGAUACGGGUGCCACGGGUGCUCAUUCCGCAUUUAUAUGAAUUUUGUUAUAGAAAUCCUCAACUUUGGAACGCCCUGCCUAUUGACAUCAGGCGGAUCCUUUUACUGUGCUCUUUUCAGUGCUUGCAAAACACACUUUUGUUUAGACAAGCCAACCCAGAUACACAGAACGUUUACAGGAG